CUUCUGCUAAACAUUUGCCGCGAUAAACCUAAACCCUAAACUGUAAACCGUUGCUAUGGCUGCUCUUACGCGUAGCAAGAAGAAGCAGGCAAAGUCGCAGACUCCGCCACUAAAUAAGCGGAAGAAUUCGCAUUCUACAUUGAAGAAGACGGCGAAAUCACAGCAGCCUCCAUUGAAGAAGCAGAGGAAAGGUAUUUCGGAGGAGAAGCCCCUCCAGAAGCCUCAAGCUUCUACGGACGAGGAGGAAGAAGAAGAAGAGAAUCAACAGUCUGAAGAAGGAGACGAAUCAGGUUCUGAGCUUUCCUCAGAUGGUGAUGGAGAAGAAGGUGAUGAUGAUGAUGAUAAAACAGAGCCCUUGACCGACGACUUUCUUGAUGGCAGCGAUGAUGCACCUUUGGGUUCUGACUCUGAUGGAUCCGAUCUCGUGAAGAAAUCUAAAGCUAUUGAUGACGAUCGCAAAAGGCAGCAACAAGAAGCAAAAGAUGAACUCCAGAUGAACAUUAAGGAACAACCUGAUGAGUUUCAGCUACCAACCAAAAAGGAACUUGAAGAAGAGGCACGUAGGCCACCAGAUCUUCCUAGCUUGCAGACGAGGAUAAAAGAGAUUGUUAGAGUGCUGUCCAAUUUUAAGGAUUUGAGGCCAGAAGGAGCCGAGAGGAAGGAUUAUGUUGAACAGCUUAAAGCUGAUCUUGCUUCUUACUAUGGCUAUAAUGAGUUUCUUAUUGGAACUCUGGUUGAGAUGUUUCCUCCUGUUGAACUCAUGGAACUAAUCGAAGCUUUUGAAAAGCAAAGGCCUACAUCUAUACGUACCAACACUCUUAAGACUCGAAGACGGGACCUGGCUGAUGUACUUUUGAAUAGAGGAGUUAAUCUAGACCCAUUAGGCAAGUGGUCAAAAGUUGGACUUGUCGUUUAUGAUUCACAAGUUCCAAUUGGUGCAACUCCUGAAUAUUUGGCUGGUUUCUACAUGUUGCAAAGUGCUAGUUCUUUCUUGCCAGUGAUGGCUCUUGCUCCUCGAGAGAACGAGCGGGUUGUGGACAUGGCUGCUGCUCCUGGUGGUAAAACAACUUAUGUCGCUGCCCUAAUGAAAAAUACUGGCAUAAUAUAUGCAAACGAGAUGAAAGUACCUAGGCUCAAGUCACUCUCUGCUAAUCUUCAUCGCAUGGGGGUGACAAAUACCAUAGUUUGUAACUAUGAUGGAAGAGAGCUACCCAAGGUUUUAGGUCAGAACGCAGUAGAUAGAGUAUUGCUGGAUGCUCCUUGCAGUGGAACCGGAGUUAUAUCGAAAGAUGAAUCAGUUAAAACUUCUAAAAGUGUUGAUGACAUAAAGAAAUUUGCUCAUUUGCAAAAGCAACUUAUACUUGCUGCAAUUGAUUUGGUGGACGCCGAUUCCAAAACCGGUGGAUAUAUUGUUUACUCAACAUGCUCAAUUAUGAUUCUCGAGAACGAAGCUGUAAUCGACUAUGCCCUGAAAAAGAGGGAUGUCAAACUCGUUCCAUGUGGACAUGAUUUUGGGCAAGCAGGAUUCGUUAGAUUUAGAGAACACCGGUUCCACCAUACUUUAGAGAAGACUAGACGUUUCUAUCCUCACCGACACAAUAUGGACGGAUUCUUUGUGGCAAAGCUAAAGAAGAUGAGCAAUGCAAAGCAGGCUUCAGAAGGUGAUGAGCCGGUUGAAACAAUGGAGCGAGCUCAGGUGUCUAGUGAUGACGAUGAUGAGGCUGAGGCCAUUGAGGAGUUGAAGAAACGGCCUUCUGCUGCCAGUGGGAAACCCAAGCGAGAGAGAAACACUAAAGAAAACAAACAAAAAUAAAAAAACGAGCCACAACAUAUUUGUGGACUAUGGAUUAGUAUUUACUGAUGGUUAUUCAACUAGUUUUUGACAACAAUAAAGACUGAGCACGGAUCGGAUAUUCAAAAUGCAAUUAUGUUAAAAUCUGGAAGUCGAAUAUCCACGGGAUAUACGUGUGAUUUUCUAAA